AUGGACCGCCGGACGGAGGACCAGCGCAACACCGAGGCGCUGCUAGGCCGCAUCCUCUGCUACAUCCACGACGUCCUCCCGGGCCCGCCCGCCUCCCGCCACUCCCCCGCCCUCUCCGCCCUCCUCGCGCUCCCCCACGACCACCUCGACGACCGCCUCUCCGCCCUCCCCGACGACCUCCUCCGCGACGUCGUCUCCCGCCUCCCCGUCACGGACGCCGCGCGCACCGCCGCGCUCUCCCGCCGCUGGCGCCCAGUCUGGCGCUCCGCCCCGCUCGUCCUCGCCGACCUCCACCUCCUCCCCGCCUCCCUCCUGGCCCAGCCACAUGUAUCCCGUCCCGACGCGCGGCGCGUCGCCUCCGCCGUCUCCCGCAUCCUCGCCGCGCACCCGGGCCCCUUCCGCUGCGUCCACCUCGUCACCAGCUACACGGAGGAGUCCCCGCCGGGCCUGCUCGCGCGCUGGCUCCAGCUCCUCGCUGCCAACGCCGUCCAGGACCUCGUCCUCGCCAGCCGCCCGCGCUCCUUCGACCUCGACCUCCAGCUCCCCGCCGCCCUGUUCCGCAUCGACACGCUCACCCGCCUCUACCUCGGCCUCUGGAAGUUCCCCGACACCGCCUCCUUCCCCCGCGCCGCCUCCUUCCCCAACCUCCGCGAGCUCGGCCUCUGCAGCGUCGUCAUGGACUGCCGGCACAUGGACUUCAUCCUCGCAGGGUGCCCCGUGCUGGAGAUACUGUGCCUCCAAGGGAACUUUGCCAUGGAUCGCCUCACGCUCGUUGGCCGAAGCAGCCUCCGGUGCGUGCAGACGAGCAUGGUCAGUGAUCUGGAAAUCGCCGUGGAGGAUGCCCCACACCUCGAGCGUCUCAUCAUCUGGUCCGCAGCGUCGACCACCCGGAGAUGCAAGAGGAUCAAGAUUGCCGGUGCCCCAGCGCUAAGCAUACUUGGCUACUUGGACCCGGGUGUGCACACGCUGCAGGUCGGCAACACCAUCAUCAAGGCUGGGACAAGGGCGGAUCCGAGGACCAGGGUACCAUCCGUCAAGAUCCUUGGCUUGAAAUUGUGUUUGGGUAUCCAAAACGAAGCCAAGAUGCUGCCUUGCAUUCUCAGAUGCUUCCCAAAUGUUGAGAGGCUGCAUAUUAAGUCCAAGAAAACUGCUGAGACCACAGGCGAGCUCAACCUCAAGUUCUGGGAGGAGUCUGGUGCCACUGAAUGCAUCCGUUUACACAUUAAUUUAAUGGUCUUCAAGAACUUUCGAGGGGAUCAGAGUGAGCUGUGCUUCCUGAAAUCCUUCCUUGAGAGAGCAGAAAUGCUCCAAGAGCUGGUCAUUGUGUAUGGCAAAGGGUACUUCAGUUCGACGACCGAGGCCAAUUCGAGGGUCAAGUCUCUGUUCGACACAACAUGGGCCAGCAAAUGCUGUUCACUGGUGCUCUUUGAGAGUAACUUUCCUAUAGAUGAAGAGCGUGAAAUACUGACCUUCAAGAGAGGAUCUGAUUUUUCUAUAAGGGACCCUUUUUCCUUCGUCGUCCAACCUUAGUGCUCUGUUGCAGCAUCUACAUGAGAGAUAAUAUUUGAUUGUUUCGCCAUGUGGUAAGGCCAUGAUAACUUUAGCUACAUUGCUAAGAGUAGUUGUCCAAGACUGAACGAACUAUGAUGUGUAGCAUCCUUGACCAGUUAGGCUAAAAUGCAGCCCACUGCCAUUUAUCCUCGGGUGUUCUCUCCACAGUGACGAGUAGUAUUUCCAGGGAACAUAAGUACUUAGCAUUCUAGGGCUUGCAAGUUGCAUCUUGUCUGCGUAUGCUAUGACAUUUUGUAACACCAUUUACAAACAUGUUUAUUAUGAAUAAUCUUAUUUAAA